AUGCCGCCAAAAAGAAGAUCCAGGGCCAAGAAAUCGACAGCUGACGACGGAAAGGACUCCGGAAGCACCUCGGCGCUUGAGAUCGGGUCCACCGUGAAAAAAGUGGUCCAUGACGAGACAGCAAUUGAAGAGCUCGAGGUGCCAGGUUCCGUGUCUUCGGAUGUCACCAAGGCCGGUGAGAUCAUGCAAAAGCGCGAACGGUCCCGGGCAAAGGCGAUUGUGAUGACCAAACGGUUUACUUUCGUGUUUGGAAUCCUGUUUGGAGUUGUUGCUGCUCUAUAUGUCGGCUCCAAAACUGUCAGUCAGACCGACCUCUUCCCGGAGUUCGACUUUGACUCAGUGCUCAAGUUCGAGUCGAUCAGCGCCUACUUUGACGACUGGAAAGAUGUUCUGCCCAGUUCCAUUCAAAGUCUGCUGGAUGAAACUGAGAAGGAAGAACUGCACGAUCCAAGUGAAUCUUUUGCAAUCGGUAAGCUAUUGAAAAAGGAAGGAAUCGAGUCCAAGCAUCCGGUCAUUAUGGUUCCAGGAGUCAUCAGUACUGGAAUCGAGAGCUGGGGACUCGAAGGAACCGACAAUUGUAAGAGCGAGCCCCAUUUCAGAAAAAGACUCUGGGGAUCAUUCUACAUGAUUAGAACAAUGUUUUUGGAUAAGGCCUGUUGGCUCAAGCACAUCAUGCUGGAUCCAGAAACCGGACUUGACCCACCGGGUAUCAAGCUCAGAGCAGCUCAGGGCUUUGAAGCAGCAGACUUCUUUAUGGCCGGCUACUGGAUCUGGAACAAAGUGUUCCAGAACUUGGCUGUUAUUGGGUACGGUCCUGAUAACAUGUUCAGCGCAGCGUACGACUGGAGACUGAGCUACUUGGACCUCGAACGUCGUGACAACUAUUUCUCGAAACUCAAGUCCCAGAUCGAGCUGAGCAAGCACUUGAGCGGCGAAAAGACCGUGCUUUAUGGACACUCUAUGGGUGCACAGGUUAUUUUCUACUUUUUGAAAUGGGUGGAGGCAGAGGGCCCGCAUUUCGGAAACGGAGGUCGCAACUGGGUCAAUGACCAUAUCGAGGCCUUUGUGGACAUCUCUGGGUGUCUUCUGGGAACACCAAAGGCCAUUGUUGCUCUGCUAUCUGGAGAAAUGAAGGACACUGUUCAACUGAAUGCUUUAGCUGUUCAAGGAUUAGAGAAGCUCUUCUCCAGAAGAGAAAGACUCGAUAUGCUGAAGUCGUUCGGAGGAGUUGCCAGUAUGAUUCCAAAAGGUGGAGACCUGAUCUGGGGAACGCUUGACUCUGCUCCAGACGAUAAUUUUGCCGGAGACAGUCAAAAGUACAACCAGACGAUGGGUAAGUUUAUCCGGUUUGUUGAGGAAGUUGGCAGCUACUCCAGACAGAAUCUCACUGUGGCCGAGUCUAUCAACUUUCUGUUAGACCAAGGACCGGACUGGUUCACCAGAAGAACGUUGGAGCACUAUUCUACCGGUGUUGCCAAAUCCAAGAAAGAGCUAGCUGAAAACGAGAAACAGUUCAACAAAUGGAUCAACCCGCUGGAGGUGCCUCUUCCCAACGCCCCAGACAUGAAGAUCUUCUGUUUCUACGGAGUUGGAAACCCUACGGAGCGCGCGUACAACUACAGAGAGGAGCUGGACAAGGGUAUUUCCAAGCUGAAUGUGUCGAUCGACACGGACAACAAGCACAGCGUUCUUCUGUCUGAUGGAGACGGCACGGUUUCGCUAAUGACGCACGCGAUGUGCCACAAGUGGGCGCAGGAGGGCGACAACAUGUUCAACCCGGGCAACUCCAAGGUGACUAUUGUGGAGAUGAAGCACGAGCCCGACAGAUUUGACAUUCGAGGCGGUGCAAAGACCGCGGAGCAUGUUGAUAUUUUGGGCAGUGCAGAGCUGAACGAGCUGGUUUUACGUGUUGCAAGCGGGAACGGCGACACGAUCAACAGUACGUUUGUGACGUCGCUACGAGAAGUCGUGAACGGGCUGGAUUUAUAG